AUGAAUGGCUUGUUGGGACACCAACAAACUUUGCAGAAGAAGGUUAGUAAGACUGUGAUCAAGGAAGGAAACUUAUUAGAUGAUGAUCAGAAACAAAGAUUGUGUAGGAUCUUUAGUGCAGAUGAUGUAAAGCAUGCAUUAUAUAACAUUGAGGAGACAAAAGCUCCUGGGCCUGAUGGAUACACCAGUGGAUUCUUCAAGGAGGCUUGGGGGCGUAUUGGUGCAGAGGUGACAACAACUAUUUUGGACUUAUUUCAAAGUGGAAAAUUACUUAAACAGGUGAAUUCUACAUCUCUUUGCUUAGUUCCUAAAUGUGAGCAACCUGAGGGUGUUACUCAAUUUAGGCCUAUUUCCUGUUACACUGAUAUUAUGAAACAAUAUAGGAUACGAAAUGGUCCUGCUAGAUGCACAAUGAAAGUGGACCUAAGGAAAGCCUAUGACUCUAUUCAUUGGGAGUUUAUUAGGGAUCUUUAA